CGGCAGAGAUAAAGAGAGGGAGGCAGAGAGAAACCACAGGGGCAGAGAUGCCGACAGAUGACGACAAUCAGAAAACACAACCAGAAUGAGCAGAGAAGCAUUGACUGGAUUCAGUCCUCCAUUCACUGUACUCCGUCUUUAUGUUGCUCUGUGGCUCUCUGACUAACACUCAGCUUGAUGAACACUUAAUUGGCCACUACAAUAAACAACCAGAAAAGAAUAUGUCAUCAUAUCAAGAAAGAGUGGGACAGAAGAUGAGCUAAGAACAACCCUGCGGACAUAAAAGAUGGACAUAUUUUGUCUUAUCUUUUCAAGUGUUCCUCAGAAAUUUUGUUUGGGAUAUUGCUUGAAGUAGGAAUUCAUAAUUUUGGCAUUAUCAUGUUUACAAUGUCUUUAUGUCAUGGAGAUUUUGACAAGAGGAUUUUUUUCAUUCCAAGAUUGUCCUGACCUCUCAAUAAAACAGAGGGAAUAUGCUUCAGUGUAUUACAGUGAAUGUAAUAUUUAUCCAAUUCUUCUAUUUUCCCAUGGCCCUUUGAAAGCUAGCUACUAUGUUUCUUACACAUUCUGAAAGUCCUUUUUCAAGCAAUUCUUUUCAAAUUUAGUAAAAUUAACAACUUCACAAUUCACCCUUCAAAAUUCACACGUGCCUCCCACCAACCCUUCCCACCAUCAGCCAUCCAACCAAGCAUGGGCAAGCCUCUUAGCCGUCCUGGGUGUUUCAGGAAGAGUUCCUGCUGCCUGGAGAAACAUGGAGCUGGGGAUGGGAGAGUGGGAGGGCGAGAUGGAGGAGUGGAAGGGGGUUAUGGAGAUGGCUACAUUCCCCAGCGAUCCAUCUAUGAUACCAUGUGCAUCAAUCAACAAAUUGACAGCCAUCACCACCAUCCUGGAGGGUCCAUACGGCUAGAUGUUGGAGGUGAAGAGAAUUUUAUCUACACUGCAAGUGGCUCUCUCAGGGUUAGCAGGACCCCAGCCGACAUGUUUGAUCCACAGCCACGAUCUUUAACUCCAAACCCCUCAUUUGUGAGGAGACUGGAUGAAAGAGUAAUUUAUGAUUCACUGAAGAUUGGGGGUCAGGAUUCCAAUGGUGGUGGCUGCCAUACGCCAGGACAUUUUAGCCGAUCCGUCUCUCCCUCUGUGUCCUCAUUCUCAGCACCAGGAGUUUCCUCCUCAUCCAAGAAACACCACCAUCAACAUUACCAUCACCAUGGAGACAGCGCAAAGAGCAGAGAUGGACGUCAUUCCUGGAAAGUUUUCACACCUCCAAAACACAUAGAGUGUCUGGAGCUUACUACAACUGAAAUUAUGGACAGAGGAGGAUAUCUAAACCCAGGGCACAACCACCCCCCUGGUGGCCAGUCCUCCUCGCUUACAUCCCCCCUCAUUUCCCCCUUCUCUGGCUCACCGCUUUCAUCAGGGUACCAUACUCCAGUCUUUUUCUCUCCUGCCAAACCUCGCCCCAGUCAGACUCAGAGUUUGCGUUGUUCCCCUCCCCUUGUUAUUCAGCCAAGGCAUUACUCCCAAACCCAGAGUCUUAGGAUGUCACCACCUCAGGAGCUGAGACGAUCACCCUACCGUGCCCCGCUAGUCCAACUAUCUGCUCAUGACCUCGAGCAGGACCUGAGGGAUCGGGGUGGAGGAUGGGGCCGCAGUGAGCGAGAAAGGGAGUGGGAGAGGGAGAGAGAAAGAGAAAUGGAGCGAGGAUGGGCCCAGCGUGAGUGGGAAAGAGAGAGGGAAAGAGGGAGACUGGAGAGAGAGAGAGCAAGAGAAAGGGAAAGAAGGGAAACUUCCACUUUUGGGACCUUUGGAUACGGACAACCAGUUCCUCUGCAUUCUGACAGAGACUCUGUGUUUUUAGAUCCCGACCAGGUUUUAGACACCUCACCCCUGUUGUUUCCCCAGCCCUCACCUUCACCCUCCCCCAAUGCUGCUCCCAGAAUGGGCACCUGUGCUGUGGGCAGGAAUAGAGCUGGGUCAAAGGUUGGCCUUGAAAGUGUAGGUGGGGAAAAGGGGGGAAUGAUUUCUAAGUUUGACAAUGUGAGUGUUGGUUUGGUGAUAGUUGAUAGCAAAUCUGGGUUUGGGCCAAGAUUAAUUAGUGAAGUUGGUGUUGAAAACAUGUCAGAGGCAGAAAUCAGGGCUGGGAUACAAGAAUAUCAUAGAGCUGAAAGCUGGAACAAAUAUGACAAAGGAUCAAGGGCUAGCAUUAAAAAUGGGUCUGAAAUAAGAAUGGGUCCCAAGGUGAAAACAAGACCUAGGGGACUGGAUUUUGAAGGAAAAGUGCAUGCUGGGGUAGAGACAGACAAUAUGGCUCCAGCUGUGAAGGAGGGACAUAGUGAAGGGGCAAGGAGUGGUGAAAAAACUGUGAGGGAUGUGGCUAAACCAGAACUCAUUGCUGAGGCUAUACCUUCAUUUCUGACUGACAUUGCGAACAGGGUUGGUCCUGGAAAUGAAUUUGAGAUUGGAGCUGUAUCUGAUCCAGGAAUGAAGCCAGAGUUUAAGGCAGUGGUUGAAGCUGAAGCUAGUUCAAAGCAGGAGGAGAUCAGGACUGGAACAGAAGCUGGAGUUGUAGCUAAAGUUAAUAAUGAGGUCGGUUCAGAAGCAGAGUCCAGAGUAGAUGCAAGAGUUAAGACAGAAGUUAACAUUGCAUUUAAAUCUGGCCCUGAGGCCGAACUACAAUGUGAGGCUCUAGAUAAGACUCUGACCAGGAGUAAUGCUGAGACUUGGGUUGUCAGUGAAGCCCAGAACAACAAUAAGAAUACAGAUAAAGCUCAGAUAAUUGCUGUUGCUUCACAUAAUCCUGACAUUGUCCCUGCAGAUUUGGCUAAGAAAAAGCCUUUGGACAUUGAUAAGAUUGAACCUAACCAUACAGAGAAAGGUUCCAGAUCCCAGAAGUCCAAAUCUUCCAAGUCCAGUUCCAGGACUCGACCUGGCACAGCCACGGGGCUGCGACCAGGUGUGGUCAGCCCAAAACUUAACAGAGGGCUUGGAGACCUUGAGUCACCAGGCCCCUCUGAAAGCAUUGAGUCUACCUGGCCACGCAGAAUUAUGGUAAGAAAGAGGACAGUUCGGCAAGGUGGGGCACUUCACAACCUCCCUAUCCUCCCCCCACUCCCCUCUGUCCUCUCAGCUUUGGAAAAGAGACACCCACAUGCCCUUCUCCACCCCCGCCCAGGCCACUUCUCGGAGGACCCGCUAGCAUGCGUAAUGAAUUCUACAAGUAUUGUGGGACGAUGCUCACUUAAAGAGCCCUCCAAUUCAGAAUCAGCACAGGUGGCCAGUUUGGUGGGCAGGGCUUCCUUGAAGGAACAGAACUUGGAGCACUGGAGGGUCUGCAGAGAGCAGAAAGAACCCAGGAGAUCACGGAGCAAGGAAAAACAAGGAGAGCAGAGUAAGGAAAAGACUGAAAGAGAAGAGAGGAAGUGUAAGGAAGAGAAGAAGGACAAGAGAGAAGAGAGAGACAAAAAGGUGGACAAAGUGGAUGAGGAGAAACAGAAUGUUGCUGUUACUGAGGGGCAACUGGAAGUAACGAAACAAGAAAUGAAAAGGCUUGAACAAAAAGUCCAAGUUAAUGCAAACAAAACCUAUGAAGUGAGAAUGGAGAAGGAUGUAGAAUUAGAAAUAAUGUCUGAAAAGUUAGAUGGUAGAAGUUUGAAUAUUAAAGGUGGAAUACAAGAGCAACUUGAACAGAAGUUGGAGGUGGUUGAAUUACAGAAAGAACAAAGUGAAGUGGAGGGAGGAGAAGGAGGGACACUUGAAGAGGAAGGGGGAAGGGAGAGUUGGAAUGCUGUUCUCGAGAUGGUCAACACAUUGUGGGAUGACGGCUGGGAGAAAGGAAAUGCAGGAGGAGAAGGUGAUACAGAUUACUUAUCAGACUCUCUGCAGCGUUGGCCUCUCCUCCGGCCUCCGGUUGGCUUCGGGGGAUCUCACCCCCCUUCGUCAGCAGCGUCAGAGCUCAGCCUUACAGAGUUAGAAAGGAGAGCAAGGGAGCUGGAUUCUGACCUGGAGCACUUAGACCUGUCUAAGCCUCACAGGGACACCAAGGAUUUAUACCAAACACUGCCGGAGCCACAGAGGGACCGAGCUGACAUGUACCAAACACACCCUGGGCCGCAGAGAGACAAAGCAGCUUCAUUGACAGGAGUGGUGAGCAAAUCCCAGGUCAGUUUGGAGCUUUCUAUUAUGGCCUCACCAGCUACAGACACAGCUAACCAGAUUGACUGGUUAAACCAAUCUGCUGGGACCACUUUUUGUACAAGCUCUGCUAAGGAGGACAGCUCUCCAGACUCCAACUUAACGCUGGAAUCCGACUCAAGUGGUGUCUUCCUUUCCCUAUCCAAUCAGAGUCAGGAGGAGGCCAGCUCAGACAGUGACCAGCCAGUCAGUGGCUCCGACUUAGGCAGCAGCACGUCACUGGAGAAAGACGGGGAUGACGGAGGGCUAAAGGAAUGGGGAAGGGAGGAGAGUGCAGAGCUACAGUGGUGCUACCCAUCACUGCUUAACACCUCCAUGCAAGACAUAGAGCGAUGUAUUCAAAAAGAGGAAGCAGACUGCGAAAGGACAGAGGGAGAUGAAGAGAGGAUGAAAGAUGGUAAGAUCAGAGUAGUUUCAAUCAUUAAGUCCUCAAUAAACUAUAAAGACACUGGGGGCUCACUCCAUUCAUCCAUGUAUGACCCACGAAGACAAAAUAUACCAAUUAGGAAAAAAGUGACCCUCAUGGGAAAUGAGUCCUAUCUUCCUCUGUCUCCCUCAAAUCAACCAGUCAAACACCUUCUAGAUCUUAAUCAGAAACCAAUUCGAAGCUCAGGACUGGACUGUGGUGAUAUAGAUCCCUUUGUCCAAUCAGAUAGCUUUGUUUACCUUGCUGUUUCCGCAAGACCAGCUUCCCAGGGUGAGGCGACCGCAGUGGUAGAAGUUCCCACCCACGAUAAAAAACAAGAUUUGGUACAAACAAGAUCUGAUGAUACAAAGCUUCAUUUUGAUAGCAUUGAAACACACUUUGAAUCAUCAAAGCCAGGACAGGAUGCCAAGCCGCCUCACCUUGACCCCCAAAAGCCAGAGGAGGGAGAUUUUCUGUGCACGGACAGCUUUGUCUAUCUGGCUGCUCCAGCCUGCCGCCUGCUGGGCCCUGCAGGAACCACACCCUACAGCGAAAGGGAGUCAGACUCAGAGAGUUCAGGCUCUGGCCCUGUUGAUUUGUCAGUGCUGGGCUGUGGUUCAGUGGCAGGGGACAGUGACUGGGACUCAGACCUGUCAGAUUCUGAUCCUAGUCGCUCCUCCAGAAUCUCUGCUGCUGGUAACAAAUUUGCUGGUGUAUCACGACACAAGCAGCUGCCUACUGAGCCUGGCUGGGACUUGUUUGGAGAAACCACUGAACCUGAAGUGCUAAGUGAGCUCUUCACAGAACAGGACAGAAACAACAAUGGCAAAUCAAGAAAGGUUACCGGGGUUACCACUUGUAUAGCAGUGACGCCAGGCAUUCCCAUGACAACUCAGCCUGUCACUAGACCGGUGAAGGAGUCAACAACAGCAGAGCAGUCGUCAACAACAAAGAAAGUGACUUGGCAGUUUAAACCAGCCCAGAGGUCGGUCUGCACUGGAAGCAGAAAGGAGAAAGACAAGGAAGUGACAUCGUCAUCAUUGGUGAGGUUCACAGAACUGGGCGGAGGAGAGACCCACAGGCCACCGCCUUCGUCUUCAUCGUCUUCAUCAUCUUCACCGUCAUCAUCAUCCUCUGGUUGAUGUGUAAAGAAAAUUGUUUACUUUAAAACCAUCUGGGAAGAGCUUAUUUUGCCUGAUUUGAUGGCAGAAAUGUAGAAAAGAUUUUCUACUUGUUUUGUAGAAACUGAUGACUUCAACAGCUACAGCUUUUUUUGCCUGUAAAUUUUGAAUUUUGCAUCUUGCUGCUGCCAUUGCCUUCUUAUAACCUUAUAAAGGUUGAAUAAAGAACUACUUAAUUGUUGUAAUUUUUUGUAGAUUAGGCUAACGAAUAUGGUAUACAAUCAGUUUAUGUUUGAAACAGUGUAAGACUCAGGUUGAGAUGUGGAAAUACGGCAACUGAUUAAACAUUUAGGUAUGAUGGUGCAAAGUCAUUCCUAAUGUAUUUUAUCAACAGUGAACUUUUGAAACACAGGGUUGAUUUAUUAGUUAUAUGUUCACAUAUUCUUUAUUUAAAUAAUACAUAUGAAAAGUUCUGUAAGUUUUUAUUCUAUUGAAUGUACUUUACGAGAUAUGACUACCAAGAACAUCCACCCAAAAAUAGAAUGUGCAUAUCAGAAAUACUUUAAAUUGUUUUAAUAAUUUUGUUUGGUCAACUGUAUUUAAACAUUAUUACAAUAUUGUAAUUCAGCUACAAUAACAAUUGAUGUGUUAUGAGUACAGUUGGAGAAUUUCUGUUGGACUCUGACAUUGUGUUAGCUCUAUAUAAAGAUGACACUUUCUUAAAGACGUUUAAAAAGAAACUGAAAUACAUCUUUAUAAUAUAUAAUGUGUUUUAUAAUCAAAUCCAACUUUACAGUGUAUUUAACAGUGUGCCGAUAAUAGUGCUGAUAAUAUAUUUUGAACAUUGAAUGUGCAAACAAGAACAAAUAACAGAAAGAUUUAGUGAUAACAUUUGAUUGAAAUAUUUUAUUCAUCAAUUAGAUUUGAAAUUGUGAAUGUAAUAAUCGAGCGAUAUGCUUAUGGACUCUUACCAUACACUAUGUUUCAUAUGUGGGAAAUUUGCCUGAUUGGUGUAUAAUGUUGGAGAUUCAUUUUAUUCAUACAGACAAAUACUAAUUGUAAAUGCAGUCGUACACUCAUUUAGAGGCUGUAUGUGUGAAAUUUUGAAACAUCAACCUAUGGACCAUUUCUGAGAUGACUAAUAGUCUUUGUUUUUAGUACAAGCAUUUCAAAAAAUAAAGACUUUAUCUCCCUUUG